AUGAAUUCAACAAAGAUGGAUACUGAUAUAAUCAGCGAUCUACCAGAAGCUCUGAUUUGCCACAUAUUGUCGUUUCUGACCACAAAGGAAGCUGCUUUGACUUCACUUCUCUCCCAAAAGUGGCGCUAUCUCUUUGCUUUCGUACCAAAUCUUGAUUUCGAUGAUUUCGUAUGUUGGCGUUCUCAACUGUUUUACCGAGACAUGAAUGAGGUUCAUAGGGAUUUUAUGGAUUUCGUGGAUAGAGUAUUGGGUUUGCAGGGUAACUCUACAAUAGAUAGGUUCUCUCUUAAGUGUAAUGGUCGUUAUCCAGUUCGCGUGUCUAGUUGGAUAUCAAAUGUGAUAGAACGUGGGGUAUCGGAUCUUGAUUUACGCGGUACUGUGGUUUCGAAUCAUUCCAUGCCUUCAAGUGUCUUUGUGAGCAAGUUACUUGUUAGGCUGAGAAUAGAAAAUGCAAAUGCUGUCGUCAUUGAUUCGGCACAUGUUUUUCUUCCAAAGCUUAAGACUCUCCAUCUCAAUUCUGUUGUGUUUGGAGACGGUGAUAGUUGUCUCGUCAAGCUUAUCUCUGGUUGUCCUGUCCUUGAAGAGUUAGUUAUGAUUGAUCUACGUUGGGAUGGUUAUUAUUGGAACCGCUCAGUGUCUUCCAAAACUCUCAAGAGGCUAACGGUAUGCAGUGAAGACGUCUUGGAAAUUAAAAGUCCGGAUCGUUUUUCAUUCGAUACGCCGAAUCUUGUCUACUUUAAAUACUCUGAUCAUGUUGCGGAAAAGUAUGAAACAAUGAAUUUCGCCUCACUUGUUGAAGCUAGAAUCGGUCUUCUAAUGAGAAGUCAUCCGUGUGUCGUUAAUGAUGCAACAAAUCUAUUUAUGGGGAUAAGCAAUGUUCAAAUCCUUCACUUAUUUGCCAACACUCUUGAGGUACUUACUUUCUGUUGUGAACCAAUACCGGUUUUUAAAAACCUGAUUCAGUUAACUGUUAGGACUCACGGGGACUUGGGAUGGGAAUCAUUGCCGGCUCUACUCAAAAACUGUCCGAAACUAGAAACCCUCGUCUUCGAAGGACUCUAUCACAAAAGCACAAUUAAAUGUGAGGACGCUGACGGGUGUCUAUGCAAAUCUUCAGAGGUGGACAUUCGUAGUUGCCUAUCAUCAAGUCCGGUGAAGGUUUUGAAGAUGCUCAAUUUUGGCGAUGUUCCCUUUUACAGUGAAGAAAAGGAAAAGUGGACGGCGCAGGUCAAGUAUUUCCUGGAGACAAUGCCAAAUCUUGAACAUUUGAUAUUGUGCUACCAUUCUCUAUUUGAUGAAGAUUUGAAAAGCCAACUUGAGAGGCUAGUUCCUAGGGGAGCUUCACCCAAGUGCAGAAUCCAAUUAACUAAUAUGUGAUAACAACAUCUCACCAAGUUAUCUUCUUUACUCUUUGUUCUAGUUUGUAGCA